AUGUACUUAGCCAAGUUUGUUCACAAUGUAAGUCACUCCUUCUUCUUCUUCUUCUGCUUCUUCUUCUUCUUCUUCUACUGCUUCUUCUUCUUCCGCUACUUCUUCUUCUUCUUCUUCUUCCUCUUGUUCUUGUUCUUGUUCUUCUUCUGCUUAUUCUUCUUCUUCUUCUUCUGCUUCUUCUUCUUCUUCUGCUACUUCUUCUUCUUCUGCUACUUCUUCUUCUUCUGCUCCUUCUUCUUCUUCUGCUUCUUUUGCUUCUUCUUCUUCUUCCUCUUCUUCCUCUUGUUCUUGUUCUUGUUCUUCUCCUGCUUCUUCUUCUUCUGCUUAUUCUUCUGCUUCUUCUGCUUCUUCUUCUUCUGCUUAUUCUUCUUCUUCUUCUUCUUCUGCUUCUUCUUCUUCUUCUGCUACUUCUUCUUCUUCUGCUUCUUCUUCUUCUUCUGCUUCUUUUGCUUCUUCUUCUUCUUCCUCUUCUUCCUCUUGUUCUUUUUCUUGUUCUUCUUCUUCUCCUCCUGCUUCUUCUUCUUCUGCUUAUUCUUCUGCUUCUUCUUCUGCUUCUUCUUCUUCUUCUUCUGCUUCUUCUUCUGCUUCUUCUGCUUCUUUUGCUUCUUCUUCUUCUUCUGCUUCUGCUUCUUCUUCUGCUUCUUCUUCUAUAUCUUCUUCUUCUUCUUGUUCUUCUUCUUGUUCUUGUUCUUCUUCUUCUUAUUGUUCUUCUGCUUCUUCUGCUUCUUUUUCUUCUUCUGCUUCUUCUCCUUCUCCUGCUUCUUCUUCCUCUUCUUCUUCUUCUUCUUCUUCUUCUUCCAUAUACGAGCGGCGUGGGCGGAGACUGUGGCCCCUCCCCCUGUGGCCAAAGACUGUGGCCCCUCCCCCUGUGGCCAAAGACUGUGGCCCCUCCCACUGUGGGCGGAGACUGUGGACCCUUCCACUGUGGGCAGAGACUGUGGCCCCUCCCCCUGUGGGCAGAGACUGUGGCCCCUCCCCCUGUGGGCGGAGACUGUGGACCCUUCCACUGUGGGCAGAGGCGGAGACUGUGGCCCCUCCCCCUGUGGGCAGAGGCUGUGGACCCUUCCACUGUGGGCAGAGGCGGAGACUGUGGCCCCUCCCCCUGUGGGCAGAGGCGGAGACUGUGGCCCCUCCCCCUGUGGGCAGAGACUGUGGACCCUUCCACUGUGGGCAGAGGCGGAGACUGUGGCCCCUCCCCCUGAGGGUAGAGACUGUGGCCCCUCCCCCUAUGGCCAAAGACUGUGGCUCCUCCCCCUGAGGGUAGAGACUGUGGCCCCUCCCACCGUGGGUGGCGACUGUGGCCCCUCCCACUGUGUGCAGAAGCGUGAGAUCAAAGGCAGCGGCUGCAGAGGAGAUAACUGCAUGGAGACCUGCCUGGUGGCCACGGACCCCCCCUGGACCCCCCCGAGCCCCCCGUCAGGAGCCACAUCUCUGUCACAGCUUUGA